AACAUCAACGGAACAUGGGUGCUGAAUGUAACCAGCAUCAAGAGGGUGAAAAUCUCUGAAGAAGCGCUGUUGUUUCUCACUGGCUCUGUGUCCACCAUCCUCAUCCCUUCCUUCUACACGCUGAUCUGCCUCUUCAGCUUGCCGAUCAACAUCUGUGCAGUGGUGGCCUUCACUCUGAGGAUCAAACCCAUGAAGACGGCGGCCAUCUACAUGUUGAAUCUGGCCUGUGUCGAUGUGCUCUUUGCUGUAUUGCUACCCUUCAAGAUCUCCUACCACUUUGGCGGCAACAACUGGGUAUUCGGCUCACUCAUGUGCCGUGUGGUCACUGCAGCCUUCUACUGGAACAUGUAUUGCUCUGUUCUGCUCAUAACUUGCAUCAGUGUGGACCGUCUCCUUGGUGUAGUCUAUCCUCUUGACUCUCUGUCUUGGAGGAGGCCAAAGAAAGCAAUCAUGGCCUGCAUCGCCAUGUGGAUAUUAUCUUUCGCUGGCACUGUGCCUCUUGUCAUCGACGACCAAACUUUUUCCCUCAGUCAGCUGAACAUCACCACCUGCCACGACGUCCAGCCUGUGCACGAGAUAAUCUUGUACUACAAGUCCUACUUCAUUGCCCUAUGCUGCGCCUUCUUCAUCCUGCCUUUGCUCAUCACAGUGGUGUCCUACACUCGUGUGAUCUGGGCACUGAGCAGAGUCCAACGUGGCGUUCUCGGAAGUUCAGGCAGAACAACAAGAGCAGUGGUGAUGACUGGAACAGUGCUGGUGAUAUUUGUGCUGUGUUUCACACCCACACACUGUGUACUGAUGGCACGCUAUUUGCAAUUUAACGGGGGUGCUGAGGCGUUCAAAGAGACCAGCUCCUACGCAGCCUAUCUAGUUUGUAUGUGUUUAGGAAGUCUGAACUGUCUCCUGGAUCCCCUGGUCUACUACUUUGGCUCAUCCCAGUGCAGGAAACAACUUUCCAGCACACUGAGGUGUGAGAAGCUUUUGGAGGACAUUAGUGGACAUUCCCUUUCUGGCCUCAGUAGUCGCUUAACUAGGAUGGGAACAACCAGAUCCAGUGACCUGCAGGUUGAUGUCCACCUGCAGUGACCUGCAGGUGGACACCAAAACUCAAUUUUGGUGGCAAAAUGAAAACCAGGGUUUCUUCAAAACCACAUGCUUUCAAUCAGUUCAAAAAGAUAGACUAUUGUUGGGAUUUUAAAUUUUAGCUGGUGUGUGGGUCUGACUGAAACUCUAAACAAUAAAGCAGGAAGGGGGGGCAUGAACAGUUUGGGCCAGAUAUAAGGCCUUCACAAAUGUAUUAUUAAUAACUUUUUCCUUCCUAGUGUUUAAUCCUGAAAUUAGCUAGAAAUGCUGGACAGUCUCAGUUUAAAGUUAUUUACCUUUAGAAUGCAGCUAAACAC